AAUUUUGCGUUAGUUCACUUUCCUUUGUAAACAUCGAUCUAUUGUGUAAAGUGUUUUCAAAACAAAAUUCAGAAAUAAGAGAUUUAAGAUGCCAAUUUUAAAAUUUCACUAAAAGUAUCGAGUCUGCUUUGAAAAAUACUCUCACAGAGAUUCGUCAUAAUUCAUUAAUUCUGCCAUAAAGAAUAAUUCUUUAUUGAAAAGUUUUCCUAAGUUAAAAAUAAAAAACAUUUUGUUCUAGACAAUAUUAGUUACUUGGAAAUUAUAAUAUAUACGCAUACAAAAUACUAUAUCAAAAUGGAAAAGUUAAAAAAUACUUUGUGCGAAAGAAUAAAAAAUCAAGAACAAGUUAAAGAAAUGUCAGUGAAUUUUGAAUCUAUGAAAAGCGACGAGUUGAGAGUUUCUAUGGUAAUGUCUAUGUGCCUUAUUUUUGAUAUCACACCAUAUUGUGCAUUAAUUCAAAAAAAUAAAAGUAACGUCUGUACGGGCAUCCAUGAACUAAAUGACUAUAAAAGUAAAGAAUUCAAAAAUGAAGCAACCAGACUUUUUAGUAAACAAAAUAAAAGUUAUGAAGAAGUAUGGAAAUCGUGGAUAUUAUACAACAAAGCUAUCGCACAUUCUCCAAAGGAUUCCAAAAAUUUAGCAUUAAGUUAUGCUUAUAGAUCAUCGUUAUUUUAUUCUCAAAAAAAAUUUGAAGAAUGUUUGACAGAUGUUGAUCGUGCCCUAAAACUUAUUGAAUGUACUGAUAAAAUAAUAGGAAAAUUAUUAUGCAAAAGAUUGGAAUGUGGGUUGUUUUUGGGUAAAACCCCAAUAGUAAUUGAAUCAAUUGAGAAAAUGAAAAGUUGGGUUGAUAUUGCUAAAUUACCCGGUGAAGAGGUAAGAAGAUACUCAGAGAAAAUAAAAAAAACUGAAAAAGAUUUUCAUACAUUUCCUAAUAAAUAUUCACCCAAUGAUAAUAAAAUUGAGGAGAAAAAAACUCCAGAUUUUCCAAGAAAUAAAUCAAUUCCAUGUGCCUCUUCUGCAAUUAGUUUAAAGUAUGAUGACAUUUUUGGAAGAUACGUAGUGGCCAAUCGCAGAAUUUAUCCAGGUGAAGUUAUAGCGGUUGAAAAGAGUUAUUGUGCAGUUCUCUCUGAAGAAAGUGCUUUCACUCACUGUUCUCAUUGUCUUCAAUUUUGUUGGAGCUUGAUUCCCUGUGAAUACUGUGUAAAUACAAUGUAUUGCUCAGAAAAAUGUAAGGAAGAAUCUUGGGUACAAUAUCAUGACAUCUUAUGCUCUGAAUUUCAUUGUUAUAAAAAAUUAGGUAUAUCUAAUUUGGUUUUGUUGAGUUUCAAAGCAGUUAUUAAAGCUAUGAGACAAGCUGGAAGCAUAGAGAAAUUAAAAUUAGAAAUUGAAAAAACAGAUAGUCUAGAUCCACUAAAGAAAGGAUUUAGUCAAGAUGGAAUCUUCAAUAGUGAAAGUUAUGCAACUUUUUACCAACUUACUACAAACACUCAUAAACGAGAAGUACAAGAUCUCUUUGAAAAAGCAUUUGUCACCAGCCAAAUUAUAUUUCAUGCUUGUGUUUGUACUGAACUGUUUGGAAAAAGAUUCAGCCCAUCCUGGAAAGAGAUAAAUGAUGAUUCGAAUGUUCUUUUUUUUGGAGGUUUAAUUUUGCGCAAUAUGCAACUGAUAGAAUCCAAUGCUCAUAGUCAUUCUGAAGAACGUCAAUCAAUACCUCAUGUAAUUGGUCAUGAUAUUUUGCCAUUUUUAAGUUUAUUCAAUCACAGCUGUAAUCCAAAUGUAUCAAGAGUCUCUUCAAAAGAUGGUACAAUUUCAUUUGCAAUACUUCCAAUUGAAGAAGGUGAACAGCUCUUUGAUCAAUACAGUUGUAUUCACUCUAUGCAAACAAAGGAAGAGAGAACGUCUGUACUAAAACAGUAUCAUUUUGAUUGCCAGUGUUCUGCAUGUCUGAAUGAUUGGCCAUUGUAUAAAAAUUUAAAAAGUAUUAAAGAUCUAUCUCCGGAUGUUGACAGCAUUAUGCAGCAGAAUUUGAAUGAUUUGCUAGAAAUUUGCAACUUUGUCCGCAGCGAAGAAUUUCAUGACAAACCUGAUUUGAUUACAAAAGUUGCAAGAAUUAUUGAUUACCUUGCACAAAAAGUUUCUAUGCCUUGCUCAGAAAUAUGUGUUGCUGUUGAAACUUUAAAACAAUUGUUCUUAAUUAAUCAUGGGGCUAAAUGGUCUUAAAUUCUCAAUUUUUCUUUUGUAAUAACCCAAAUGAGAGAGAGAGAGAUGAAUGGGAAUGAAUUAUUGAAAAAUAUUUAGUUCUCCAUUUUUGCAUAUACUUUUGUAUUAAGAGUAACUAUUUAAUAAGUAUGUUUAUUAUUUUCACAAUAAGCAUUUGAAUGUACUAAUAUUCCAUGAGAUAUAUUUCAAAUAAAAUGUUCUUUUCCAUUGCA